CUUCAUCUGGUUAGUACGCUGCGUAUGCUACUUCCACUUCUAGGACCGACUCACCCGGCAACAGAAACAUGGCUGCCUCUACUCCAGAAAGUAGAAGAGCACACCCCAAACAAAACAACUGCAAUGUAUGUAUUAAUCAGAAAGACAACGAGGAGCUCACUUCACAGUUUCGGGAAAUUAUAAAGCCCUCAAUUUCAGAACUAACCAAAGAAGUGCGGACCAAUAUCCUCUGCACCGUUGAAGGAUGUGGAAAAAUUCUCCCCAACACUCCGGCUCUGAACAUGCACCUUGUGAAGUCACACAGGGUCAAGGAUGGUAUUGUCAACCCCACCAUCAGGAAAGAUAUGAAAGGGUUACCCAAACUUUACUGUUGUCCAAUAGAUGGCUGUCCAAGAGGACCAAACAGACCAUUCUCCCAAUUUUCCCUGGUUAAACAGCACUUUAUGAAGAUGCACGCCGAGAAGAAACACAAGUGUGACAAGUGCAACAACUGCUACAGUAUAGAGUGGGACCUGAGGAGGCACGCCGAGGAUUGUGGGAAGACCUACUGCUGCACGUGCGGCUGCCCAUACGCCAGCAGGGCGGCCCUGCUCUCCCACAUCUACAGGACAGGCCACGAGCUUCCCACAGAGCACAGAUAUCCCCCUGGCAAAAAACGGAAGAUGGAGGGAUUGCUAAGCAGCGCAACAAAGCUCAGACCGAAUGGGCAGAUUUUUCAGGUUGUGAAGAAGGAAAAGGAGAUCUCUAAAGUGUGCAUUUCAACCGAUGAAGCCAGUCACCCCGAUUCUGGGUGCCAGAACCACAGUCCCACUAAAAACCCACAGAAGCCUCUCCUUCCGAAGCCAAAGGUUGCCUUGGUGAAUGUUCCUGUGAUGCAGUUUGCACACUUGCCCGUUCUACUCUCCUCGACAGAAAAUAGUGCGCUGAGGUCCGUCGUGCUAGCUGUGGCCAAUCAGUGCUCUCUUAUGAGCACCGUUCAGUUCUUGCCCCAGUCAGUGGGAACUGUAAUGCCAGUGUUGGACACAAAGACUUUGAGCUUUCAAGACCCCAUGUCCAGGAUGGGCCCAAAUCCCAUCAGUACUGGAGUGCAAGUGAAUUUGGACAAAUAUGCCUCUGCUCAUACAGAGACCAAUGAUGCGGGACUCAGGAGCAAGAGCACGUCCACCAACAUUCAGACUGACAUAUCUUACCUCACGAAGGGAUCCACGCAAGCCUCGUGCAGUGUGGGUGAAACUGCAGUUUCGUCUUGUUCCCAAACGGACAUCAGUGUUAGCGCACAGGUGCUUCUGCCUGUCAGCGUAGAAACUCAGACUUUUCCGACACAGUCCAAAAUAACGUCCUCCAUCGGUGCACAGACGGACACUUUCGGCCAGAUGUACAUCCUCUCCGACAAUGUCACUAAGGAGACACAGACUGGUGCUAGUCUGUGUAUUGCUGAAGACAGAAGACAGAUGGACCAGGCUAUAAUGUGCUCGGACCUUUUCGACAACGAUGCCUUCGGUGUUUCAACGCAAGCAGGCUUGAAGGAGAGAUCUUUUCAGACAGACACUGUUGCAGUACCUCUGGCUGGCAGUGGCUCCAGUCUCUAUGAUAAGGCUUCAGGGGCGAUUUGCUUUGGUGCCCAGACUGAAAUGCUCCAGCAGAACACUAUGGCGGACAACCAGACACAGACCAUGAUGUUGUUCAGUGAUUUAGAGAACAUCUUAUCUGAUGGCAUGGCUGGUAGCGCUAUCGACAGCCAGGGUUCACUGUCAGAUACCACUUCCAGUUGUGAUGCUGGCCUCUCGGCCGACCAAGAACAAAACACUGGGAUUGACUUUGAUUUUGAGGAGUUCUUAAAGGCCGUGCACAUCCAGACACAAACGGAAGAAAGCGAGCUCUGCACUGGCACUCCUUUGGAGUCGCUGGACAUCCAGACUCAGACUGAUUUCCUGUUGUUUGACAACCCAGCGCACAAUGACGGCAACGCGAGGACUCAUUCUAGCGAUCUUGGACUGGAGAUGUUUGACACCCAGACCCAAACCGAUCUCAAUUUCUUCCUGGACACAAGCAGUCACAUGUCCCUCGGAAGCUUCCUCAAACAGUCUAGCUUCUCCAUAAGCACAGAAUCUUCAGACACCGAGACGCAGACCGAUGUUCUCCCCACGCUUCAGUCGAAUGCUCAGGACGGCCAUAUCAAGCUUAGCAGCACAGAGACGCAAACAGUAACCAGCUCUUUUGACAGUUUGGGAAACCUGUUCCUGACCAGUAACCAGACCCAAACGGUAAUGGACGACUUUCUCAUGGCUGACCUUGCCUGGAACACCAUGGAGUCCCAUUUCAGCUCGGUGGAAACUCAGACAUGUGAGGAGCUCUUUUCUCUCUUUCAACACUCUGAGAAACCCAACAGCUGAACAACCCCUGGUGGGCGUUCUGUGGCUGUGAUUCGCUGACAAGAUGGGCUUCUGGAGUCCAGUGACGGCCACUGGUGGCAGCUGGUGUUUGAGUAACGCAUUUCACAAGGCUUCCAUUUGCAAAAUGCACUACGGCAAAAAAGAUUUUAAAAUGUAAUGUGUCAUUAUCAUUAUAUAGGUCAUUCCAGUGUUGGGCUGUCAAGGAUUGCAUUUUAAGGUGUGUUUUUUUUCAUGAUAAGACUAGAUCCACAACAUAUUGGCAAAGAUUCAUAUUUUCUCCUGUUUACAUACAUACAUUUGUUUGCACAGAAACAAGUACUCAGUAACUUGUUUUUUUAUUUUUUAUUCUAAUAUUUAAAAGCUGAUCAUUUAAAAGGUGUCUUACACGUUGAACAUUGUAAAUAUUACCGGUGAGGUCAAACCUGCAUCUGUUCUGUACAUUGGACGAGGUCAGGCAAAGUGUGCUUUAUUCCUUUGUGGCACAAAUGAGUAUAAAUGAAAUAUAUACUCAAAUGAACACAUUCAUUCAAAUUCAUAAUCAUUAGCCACCAUUAAUGGUCCCAUUUAGUGUUCAUUUAGUGUAGUAUUUGUCAAGUAGAAAUAAGCCAUUGUUACAAAACCACCCAUUUACUAAAGUAGUUCACUGUCAGUCACUUGCCAAUUCUUAUUGUCCUUACCUGGCUGUAACUGUUUAGCAGAUUAUAGUUAUCUGUGCUAAAGAAAAGUACUGUGCAGAAUUAUUUAAAAUGGCUGCUGCACUCUUGUCACUGUGAGUACAUAGUGAUUAUUUAUGCCUAUUGGAGAGUUUCUGAACACACUUUGACUUGCUAGCUAUUGUUUACAGUCUCUCAUCAGCUUUCGUACUGCAUGUUGCAGGUUUUUUCCAAGUGAUUGACGAUCGUAAAUCACUUAAUUGUCAGCAUACCUUCCGUUUUUUUGAGAGGCAUGUUCCAAAGAUUGUGUUUCCUUUUCAGUAGCUUCUUGCAUGAUGUCUGGGAUAUUGUGAACUGAUGUGUUGUCAUUUGCAUUCGGUAACGAAUGCAUCGUAUAUAGAACACCAAUCACAAUAUUUACCUCCACCACCAGUAGGUGGAGCAGGGGCUGCGUGACGGUCACCUCUGUGUGUGCGCCAGUCUGUAAAUCGGAUUACACUAGAAACAGUGACAGAUCUGUUUAGAAGAAAAUGGUAAAUUAUUGCUUUGUUUGGACAAUGAUGUGAUUAUGUUUCAGAGCUGGUAAGACCACAGUGUUGGGUUGUACCCCCUAAAUGGCACAGGGUCAUUACUGCAUCAGGGAAGACGUACAAAAGAGGCUCCCGACACACAUUGAUGUAAAACAAAUUUUUUAAAGUAUCAGUUAAAUGUAGACAGAUUUUCAGUAAAAAAUUCAGCUUUUCAAGAAAUAUUGUUUGAACGUUUUCAUUCGGAAGAGGGAAACCCCUCCAAUUUGUAAAAUUUGUUGAGUGGCUUGGGACUACAGUAUAUAUCUGCAGAGCCCUUUGAACUCAAAUUUCAAAUGUUAGCAGUGUUUUUUUUUUUUGAAGAGUGUUGUUUAACUGGGUGAUGAAAUUAAUGAAACAUGAUAUGUAAGACUCGAACGUAAGCGUAACUAAAUUCAAUGAGCUACACAAAGUUAUGGACAGUGUGCCACAUUCAGUUUACCUUUGUGUUGCACUGUUUAAACUUUAUGGACUUUCCCAUGUUGAUUGUUUUGUAGGUGCCUUAUUGGAAGUGUUAAGUUUAUUUUUAUAUAUAUUUUUUUGUUAGAAUUUGAAAAAAAAAAAAUCCACUGCUGCUUUUCUAGGAGGGUAUCCAGAAUGUUAUAUUGUUUGUACAUACAAACAGAUCUGGUUUCACAGACCCAGAUUAAGUCUAAAUCCUGGACUAAAAAGUACUUUCACCAAAAACCUUUUUUUUUUUGGUCCAGUUGUAGGCUGCAUCUGGUUCUGUGAAACUGCUACUAAGGGUUCAAAGUGGCAGAUUGACUUUCAGAAUAUAUGUUGUUGCAAGAUAUAAUAAUAUAUAGAAAUGUUCUAGUGUAUGCUUGAAUACCAUUAUAUAUAUGAGUACAUUCUCAAUUCCAAAAAUGCAAUGCAGGAAUGUGAUGUUAUUGCAUCAUUCAUUGCAUUAUGGUUUGUAUGACUGAUCAUGCUACGGAUUGUGUGCGAGUGAUCUUUACUUAACCACCAAAAGAAAUCUACACGAUUGUUUUAUUGUUUGCACAAUAGUAGUGGGAUAUCUGUUACUGCUGCAUUCACCAGUGAAUGUCUUGUUCUCAAUAUGCUACAUCAGUUUAAUUUAUUUCAGUUUUGGUUCUUGUAUUAACUGUAAAGUUAGAGAAAUGUCUUAUUGAAAAAUGUAUGUGAACUUGAACAUGAAAACAUUAUAAGCAGAUGCUUUUGUAAAUCUAGCGUUUUUCCUUGUUGUGCAUGCAGUCUGUGCCAAGAAAAUCUUUCGUUGGCUUUAAGUUUUAAGCCUCAGCCUAAGUUGUCUGACUGUUUAGUUUAGUAUGCGAUCGCCAUUAUAAACCUUGUUGUACAUUCAGUUGUCAAAGCUAUGCAGUAGAAGCUCUUAAUAAAUGCACUUCAAAGGAGAA